UUUAGUGUGAAUUGGAGGUAUCUAGUUUUGAUUUUGACUAUAAAAGCCAAAGUAAAUCUAUACAAGGUACGCAUAGCCCAGAGAGUGUUUUCUGAAGAACGCAGCAAAUCAAAUCAAAUAAACCAAUCAAUAUGUUCAAAUACAUCAUUGUCAUCUUAGCUGUUAUCGCUUGUGCUGCUGCCAAGCCAGGAGUUCUUGCUCCACUAGCUUAUUCGUCUCCUUUGAUUGCUGCUGCUCCAGGAGUUGUGACUGCAACCAGUAGUCAAGUUAUUGCAAGGAACUACAAUGGAAUUGCCUCGGCUCCUUUAUUAGCUGCUGCUCCAAUUGCUGCUCCAUUGACAGCUGCUAGAUACUUUGCUUCGCCAUACGCUGCCGCUGCACCUUUGGUUGCUUCACCAUUUGCUGCCAAUUACCUUGCUUCACCUUACACAGCUCCUUUGGGUUAUUCAGCUCCUUUGACUGCUUCACCUUUGGGUUAUGCGUCUGCUUAUGGAUAUGCCUCACCCUUGAGGUAUGCUGCCUCAGCUCCAGUUCUAUUCUAAGAACGUUUUUUCUCCAAUGUAAAAAUUAAAGAUGUAAAAUAAACUUAUAUCGAUUUAAAGGAUCCGAAAACAAAA